AUCAGCUGGGAUACAAUCCAGCACCCCCGCGACACUAGUGAGGAUAAGCGGCAUUUCUGUUUCUCCGGUCGCCCGUCAGCAAAAGCAAAGGUCUGAGAUUGAUAAUGUCCUGUUUUCAUAUUAUGUGGUUAACCAUUGUAAUUAAAAAACAAAGUAGAUCUAGCAGGUUCGUCAGCUUAUUGACAUAUUAAAAAUAACGACCUGACAAUGUCAAUCACAUUAUGAAACACAUAACGCCAACGCAUUGUCAGCACGAGAAAACAAACGCUUUCGACAAAGAAAUGUCUGUUUUUACCUGACUUUGAAGCGUCUGUCACCGCCGACUAUCUCCCCAAGUCUUCGCCAUCCUUUGGUGCCGGCUCGGUCCAACACUUCGCACAGCUUCUUCUCCACCUGCUCCUUCAGCGAGCUGAGCUGGCCGGAGGGCUCCAAAGACCCCGACAUGACGGAAGGGAAAAGCGCGACUCGCUCAUGGACGCGUCCGAAAAGUCAGCCAAAAAAGUUUUUUUUACAAAAGAACUCCGAAGAGCUUACUUCCGGGAAGAAGUCGCUCGAGAGCGACGCGGCCACGCCCACCGCUGGGUUUGAGGCUGCGCAGGAGAGCGAGUGGCGCGAGACCAGGCUUGUUUUUACUGCAAAUCUUCGUGUGAAAUCUUCAUAUGAAAUCUCAUACUAAUGUGACAACAUCACCAACACCAAAAAAAUAAUACACAGAUAUUUGCAAAUAAUGAACCAUAGACAACAAAAGAAAGCAUAAUUUCGUCAGCGUUUUAUCGGUCUGAUACUGCCAUUGGGAUCAGUCCUACCGAUAUUUGGAUCGACCCACACAACCACGGAAGGAAUCUGACGCCUACAAAAGCAACACCUUUGGCGGCCCUUGGAUGAAUUGUUGUGGGGGUAAGUGAACGCAACAUUAAGAUGUACUGCAACGCUGUAAACGUGUAGCAUGAUGUAUCCUUGCACAACGUAUGCUUUUAGGAUGCAGUUAGAGUUGUGUGGCGCCAGAAUGAACAUGAAUGAACAUAAAAACAUGUUUUUCCAUGUAUUUGCACACAAUACUGUAUAUACUGGCACAAAAAAUAAGACUAAGAUAGUUUGAACUUUUUGUGUUGACUGCUAUUAAAUGAUGUUUCCCCGUACAGUAGUACAGAGAAAAAAAAUAGCAGUCACUUCUGGUGUAUGUGUGUGUUUACUUGUCCAUUCCCCAGGAAGAAAAGCUUGUUCUUACAUCUCCAGCGGAUGAUUAAUUAAGUGCAACAGCAGCAAGGCUUUUUAUUGCUGCCAGGUAGGUGCAUGCAUGUGUGGAAUGAGCAAUCAUAGAUAACAAUGUGAUAACUUUCUAUGUAAUGCACGUCUCAUAUUCACUUGGCACGGUGCACCGUGUCAGUAAUGUCAGUAAUAAUGUAGAAAAUGUUGCUGCCCUUUACAGCACUAUGUUUGUGCUACAAACACAACACAGAGCCAAGCCGCAUGGCAUGUUAUGUCCUGAGCAGAAACUGAUGUGUGAUGCCAUUUCUUCCCCCUUUAUUUUGAUUGUAUUUUUUAGGGCAAAGGGCGUACCAUCUGCUGACAGAAUGAGCGGAGAUGCUUGUGUGGCGAUGCUGCUGCUGCUGCUUUCGGGUGCCAGAUGCAGGUCAUCCCCACCAGGGAGACCGGUCCUGCUCGGCUGCCGGUCCCCAGAUAAGGAGACCUUCACCUGCUGGUGGGAGCCGGGCAUGGAUGGAGGACUGCCAACCACACACCGCCUCUACUACCAGAGAGAACAACUGGAGGGAACGCAUGAGUGUCCAGACUACCACUCAGCUGGCUGGAACGCCUGUUUCUUUGACAAGAACCAUACGUCCAUUUGGGUGGACUACUAUCUGACUGUGGUGGCCUUCAAUGCCCUCGGGAACACCUCUUCGGACGUUUUCAAGAUAGACGUGAUGGAUAUCGUUAAGCCCGACUCACCUGAGCGUGUGGCGCUGGAGGUGGAAAACCAUGCAGAAAGUCUGACUCUACACGUGAGCUGGGACCAUCCGCGGAAUGUUGACACCAAAUCUGGCUGGGUCACGCUGGAAUAUCAGCUAAGAGCCAGACGACAACAACAAGGCAGCAACAACUGGAAGGAGUACAAGGCUGGUACACAAACCCGAUUCACGCUCUACAGCGUCCAACCCGGAGCAGUGUUCAUGGUCCAGGUGCGCUGUCAACUCGACCACGGAAUCUGGAGUGAGUGGAGCAACACCUCCUACGUCAAGAUUCCUAACAAUAUUCCCAAGGAAAAACCCUUAUGGAUCUUGGUUUUGGCUCUCUCUGUCUUUCUUUUUCUAACAGCUCUGGUCAUCGUGGUCACCAAGAGGAAAAGUGUGAAACAGUAUCUGCUUCCGCCUGUUCCGGGUCCAAAGAUACGAGGGCUUGAUGUCACACUUCUCAAGAGUGGGCAACCUGAAGAGCUCGUUAGUGCUCUGAUCAUCAAUCAGGGCUUUCGUCUCCCCGUGGCCUGGAAGGACCACAUGGAUGACUACCUGAUGGUAUCAGACAACAUUGGCGGGCUGCUACCAGACAAAGGGAGGAGGAGCUUGGUUAUGCCCCCAGGCUUCCACUUAGACUCACAACACAAGGAAGGAGCGGCACGGAAGAAGUGGGAUUUGUCCAGCGUGAAGACUCAAUCAGUCAUAAACCAGGUUGCAUCAAAUCCUGACACAGCCAACUGUCCUUACGUGGACCUCGGGGUCCAUGUGGAACCCGAGCCUGAGUCGGAUUACAGCAGAGUGAAAGAGAUGAAGUCUACAUUGUUCCCCAUGGAAAAAGGAAACCAGUGGGGCUGCAUGGACGGUCUGAGACCAGCGGCCCUGCUGGAGGACUACAGCCAGGUGGAGGAGGUGAACGGUGAUAAGAGAAUGGUGAUCCUCCAGAAAGGGGGCAGACCGUCUGACUCCUCGUGUAGACAAGAUGAGCACAGCCACAGAAAGAUAGUGCCCAGAAACCCUCACACAGACAUGGAUUUCUUUGAUGGCGAGUACGUGGACAAGGUCCCGACGCCAGCGCUUGGAAAACCUGCUCUAAUGUAGUGAAGGAUCGAUUCCUUUCUUAGAAAAAACAGUCACAAAACAAUGCAGGUGCGUUUUGAAACGUUUAUUUUCCCAUAAAUUUAGCUAAACUAUAUUGUACAUUUUUUGGGGACCAAAUGAAGCACUGUUAUAAUAAAUCCUAUUAUAAUAACGUAAUAUUUCCUUGAAUGUGUAAUCUUGUUGUGGAAUUGGUUUGUGACGUAUCUGUCAAAUUUUUGUUUCAGUAUGGGUUACAUUAGAAUCAGAAUCAGAAAUCAUGGCAAUAAACCUUUUCUGAUUCUGACAUUACAGUAUCUAUUUACAUUAUGCCUUUUUGCUCCAUUUCCCCCCUUUUUUAAGUAAUUUCGGCAAUGACUUCCACAGAUGGCCCCUGGCCACACUUUGGACACCCAAGUGAGUUUCACCAGGAAGUCAAGGUGCAGCCCGCCGAUAGAAGAUUGUGUCUAAGCUGUCUUUUUGGUUCUGUCGCGGGUCAGGGGUUGCAUUGUGGAGGGGUUUAUGCAGCGUUCAGAGUGGCAGUGUUCCCCUCCAGCUCGCCUGCUCGGCGGAUACUUCACUUUUUUGAUCGCUUUUAUAUAAUUACCAAUAAAUGCAUGACGCA